GCGGGGCGUGGCCGGGGGCUGGGCGUGGCGGGCGCGGGCUGGUGGACUGGUGAGGUGGCGUCGGUGGGAGCGGUCUGCCGCCGUUUGGCGUGAUGCUGAGUCCCCAGUCCGGAGCCUGGUGGCUCUGAGCGCCGGAGCCGCCCCGGGACAUCAUGGCGGAGGCCUGCGAGCCCACCCGUCCCUCGGAGGACGAGGACGAGGAGCGGGAGCCGCUGCUGCCUCGCGUCGCCUGGGCCCAGCCGCGGAGGGGCGCGCCCGGGAGCGCCGUGAGGCUGCAGGAGGACGAGGGCGCGGCUGUCCUCCGCGAGCCCGCCACCGACGAGCCGCCGGGGGCGUCCGGGGACAGGUUGAUCUCCGCGAGCUUGUCCACCGAGCUGGACCGGACCCGCAGCACGGGCUCAGAAACAAAUGCAUUCUUGGAAGAUCCAGAAUUUGCUGAUGUUAUAUUGAAAGCAGAACAAGCAAUAGAAAUUGGAGUUUUCCCAGAAAGAAUCUCUCAAGGGUCAAGUGGAAGUUACUUUGUGAAGGAUUCUAAAAGGAAUAUUAUUGGCGUGUUUAAACCCAAAUCAGAAGAGCCUUACGGCCAGCUGAACCCCAAGUGGACCAAGUAUGUCCACAAGGUUUGCUGUCCCUGCUGCUUUGGCCGAGGCUGCCUGCUUCCUAACCAGGGGUACCUUUCUGAAGCUGGUGCCUACCUGGUAGAUGUCAAGCUCCAGCUGGGCAUUGUACCUAAAACAAAGGUGGUUUGGCUUGUCAGUAAGACAUUUAACUACAGUGCAAUUGACCGUGCAAAAUCAAGAGGCAAAAAGUAUGCCUUAGAGAAAGUGCCAAAAGUAGGUAGAAAGUUUCAUCGGAUAGGACUUCCUCCUAAGGUUGGUUCCUUUCAGCUGUUUGUGAAAGAUUACAAGGAGGCUGAGUAUUGGCUUAGGAGGUUUGAAGCCGAGCCUCUGCCCGAGAACAUUAGAAAACAGUUUCAGUCACAGUUUGAAAGAUUAGUGAUUCUGGAUUACAUCAUCAGAAACACAGACAGGGGAAAUGAUAAUUGGCUGGUCAAAUAUGACCAGAAGAAAUAUGCAAAGAAAAUUGAAAAUGAGGAAUCAAACUGGAUUGAUAAUAAACAAUUGCUUAUUAAAAUAGCUGCAAUUGAUAAUGGGCUGGCAUUUCCCUUUAAACAUCCUGAUGAAUGGAGAGCAUAUCCAUUUCACUGGGCUUGGCUUCCUCAAGCAAAAGUCCCUUUUUCUGAAGAAACUCGAAACUUGGUUCUACCCUAUAUUUCUGACAUGAACUUUGUACAAGACUUGUGUGAAGAUCUUUAUGAACUUUUUAAGACUGACAAAGGAUUUGACAGAGCUGCUUUCGAAAGUCAGAUGUCUGUGAUGAGAGGCCAGAUCUUAAACCUCACUCAGGCACUGAGAGAUGGGAAGAGUCCUAUGCAGCUGGCACAGAUGCCAUGUGUGAUCGUGGAGUGCAGCAAAAGUGGUAGCCAGGGCCGUGUGGUACACCUGGGCAGCUCCUUCACCCAGACGGUUCACUGCAGGAAGCCGUUCUUUUCCUCCUGGUAGCAGAUGUAAGGGGAAUAGCUGUGUGGUGUUACUGUACUGAUAAAAUAUUACAGUGAUGUAAAUCUGCUGCUGAGAGCACCAGUCACCAAAACCUCAAAUAAUUCAAGUCUUUAAAUAUAUAGAAAAUAAGACUAUAUUUUGAAUGUAAUCAAAAGUUUACGAUUUUUUGUCCAAAUAAUUAAAUUUCUAUUUCAGGGAAGAAGUACUAUUAUCUCCAAUAUUGUAUUUUUAUAGAAAAAAAUGUAUUUUAUGUUGUUAUUACUUUAAAAAGUAACUUCAUGGUUUACACAUGCUAGCAUGACUGUAGUUCUAUAGAAUUCCAGCUAGAAUUCCUGUGUUGACUUUGCGUACAGGAACAUUUUAUAUAUACUUUUUAAGCAUGAGAAGAAUCUUCUUGCAUUCAUUCCAAAAGACUUCUGAGAAUGGCCAAGCCAGAAAUUGCUCUUACAGACUCCCGAGAGAGCAGCCAGGGAUGGUGAAGCAGUUCCACCUUCAUUUCCAGAGCUGCUGUGUGAAAACUGGAAUCAAGUGCCCAAAGGUGAUCAUUACCAGGAACCUGAAGGUUAAGUUCUGCCUCAGUGACAGACGACUAUAUUAAGUUUUGAAUUUUGAUAUAUUUGUUGAUGAAUUUUAUUCUGUUUAAGUGAAGGGGGAAGAAAUCUAAAGACAGCUCCCCUCCUUUUUAAAAAACAGGAAAUAACUAAGAAUGGAUUGGAAUAAUAUGAAAUUAAGGUAGAUCUCCAGUAUUUUAAAAUUACAACAUUGCCCUAAAAAUUGUUUUCUUUUUCACAUAUGGGAUCAAAUAAUUGAAAACAUUAAUCUUUAUCAGUUGUGUACUGCAGUUAGUGGGAAAUAUCACUUCAAAGUAAGCCAUCCCCUGAAGUGUAUACUGAAGUCAGGAACACAUUGCUCAGGCACACCCGGGGCAUCUGGAGCUUGAUCUCACUGCUCACUUUUAAGUUGCUGUCUUAUGAUUUUUUUAAUGAGCUAUUUUUGUAUGAAAAGGUGGUUAUAUCCAGGUGCUUAAAUUAAGGUGUGGCAGACAGUCUCUCUUCCAUCUUUACCUGCGCCUUGGUGGAUGUAGGAGGGAGCAUACCACUGCGCCAGGAGCCAGUUGGAAGGACACCUGCGUCCUCCUACCUCUUCUGACCUCCCUUUAGCUGGGGUUUGCAAUAAUGGGAACCUAACUGGAAUAUCAAACUAUACCACCACCUGUUGGUAAAUACUAGUCAUUGAUUUGUGCCUUUCCAAGAUGUCUUCUGCAAGAGAGGGCAUACUUGCCUCUGCUGUGGUACGGCUUUCACAAACGAUUUUCUUUUCAUUGUUUUAAAAAUUGCUAUAUUAAUUUUUAUAACGGAGAACCCAGUAAAUUGCUACUGUUUUAUAGUCUAAAAUGGAAAUAGUUUAAGACUAUUUUUAAAUGUCUGACCAUGUUAGAAUAGUUGGGGUAUUUAAAAAUUACAAGUAAAAGUACAUUCAUGAACUUAAUUCUUAUUUAAAUAUUGUGGGUUUUUUAAUGAGCAUAUUUAUAUUGUCAAAUAUGAUAAGCAAACGGAAUAAAAAUCAUUGUCUUGAG